GUGGGAACCAAAAGGGUUCUAAAACUCCAAAAUGGCGGACAAUGGGUAGUCAACAGGUAAUAGUGAAAUUUAACAAAGGGGUACUUUGAUGGCUGGGAUAACUGAGCUUUACACCGCUAAAGCUAUGCUAGACAGUCAAAUGAUCUAUGGAGGCAAACAAGGUGAGAACGUUUUCAUUGUAUUAUAAAACCAGGGAACACGAAUGCUUCAGCUAGCCAACUAGCUGCAUUGAGAUGGGCUCUCUGCUAUGCUAUUAUUCUUUGAAAUCCAUACUCUAAAUAAGGCCUGCAUAAGGUAUUACUGUUUUAAUUAGCAUUACUCAAAUUCUAAUUUGGCAUGGAUUUUUCCCAAUACCUGAGGUUACUUUGCAGCAAAUCAAGUAUUUUUUCCAAAUUUUUUAUUAAGACAUGGGUGGUUUGGAGUUCAGCAAUCAAGAGACUGACUACAAAUUAAGACGAGGUAAGAUUAACUCUGUAAAGUAAUAGUAUUUUAGUAUACAUAACUCACUUUGAUGUUGCAUCUUCUCAAGUCUGUAGUUGUGAAACAAAAUUACAGUCCCGCGUAAAAGUAAGUUCACAGUCACUCGCGUCUCGAUCCUCGAGACUUGAUUCUCAAAACUUUUGAGGAUCAAGUCUUGCGUCUAAAGGAUUGAGUCUUGACUUUCAAUGAUCGAGGAUUGAGUCUCAAAUUUCGAGUCGAGAAGUACAGUAUAGUGUAUACUGUAUUUCUUGCUUGCCCAUGUAAUUGGUAUAUUGUUUAUUUUGGUAGCUCUAUGAAAGGGUGUUUACUGAUUCAAAUGCAUUUCUCCAAUUAAUUUAAAUACAUUAUUGUGUGACUUAGUUACAGAAAAAUUCCUCGAAAACAUUCAUACAAUGUUGAAUGAGCCAUCAGUUGGUCUUUAUCGUGUGCAAGAACAUGUCAGGCGAUCACUUCCUCAACUUGUUGACAAGAAGGUAAACAUUUUGGAAGACUUGUGUGUCCUUUAUGCUAGACUGUUUAAACCUGCUAUGAACAGAAUGCUAUCAGAGUCCUGAAAUAUGCCAUAAAACAUUUCGUCUUGUCCAGUUAUUAUUAAUUCUUAUAUUAUCGAACCGAUUAAUAAAUGUAUAAUGCACAUGAUUUAGUGUUAAUGAAAGAUUACUUUUCUAUUCUUAGAUUGAAAUGCAGAGCCUUCAUAAAAAAGUGCAAGGAGUAUCUUAUGAUGUUGAAUAUUCACUAAAGUAUGUUGUAACCAUUUUCUCUUUAAACUCUGGGCCAUUUGUUUCCACCAUCAUAAGCAACAGAAGAUAUGGUUAUGUAGAUAAAACGUUGGAGUACUAUUUCUGGUACUUACCUCCAACAAUGUUUAACAAACAUAUUUCACUAGAAAAAGUUUGCGGUUCUCUUGGUUUUCAUUUUAUAUAUUUCUUAUACUUUCUUUCUCGUUAUACUUGUUUAAAAUUUGACAGGUUGAAUCUUUGAGUCAGUCUCACAUUAAUUUUUCACGAGGAAUAAUACGAGCAAAUAAUUAUGUAGGGUCUAAUUGUGUAAACAUGAAAUUAACAGGAAAAAAGAGUAAAUUGUAAAUGUUGCAGAUCCUAAGAAAGUAAUGGUAAUUUUAAUUGCCUUAUAGAACUGUUCAGUCCAUGCAGAAUAUUUCUCACUUCACUAUUAUACAGGUAACUUCUGCAGAGAGUAUUUUUCAUUUGGUGUCAGUAGAUCUAAAUUCAUGUCGGUUUAAAUGACUCAAGUCACAGCUAAGAACUUUAAAACCUUAUUUAUAUACCAUAAACUGCUGGUUAAGCCACACUAUUGAGUGGAUCCUUUUGUUACUAAUUUUGUAUGUAUCUUCUUUGUCUUUUUUUAAGGAGUGCCUUAAGAGUGCAAUUGCUUCAAAGAAAAACCUAGAUAGAAGAAAAUUGGAAAGGUAUGACUUCAUGAAGGCAACUUACAGUUUGUCUAACUAGUCCAAAUUAUCGUGCAGUGACAAAGUGUGAUGAGAUGCUCAGAAAAAAUGGUCCUAGAAGCUUAAAAGGACAUUACUGGAUAACAUUAUAUUUAUUUAAUGUACUUAAAUUAAUGUGAAUGUGCUGUGUGCAGAGAAUGUAUGUUGAUGCAUCCUGAUACUGUAAAAUGAAAAAGAUGAUAAUAUUCUCGCUUUCUUAGAACCUGACAAAGUUGCAUGAUAGCCAAGGCUCUUCUGUUCAGUUACCCCAAAAGCCCUCUUAAAAAGCCACAGUGUAUGAAAUACCUGGGCGUCUAAUACUAGUUAUGUUUUGGGAACAAACAAAGUCUGAUUGUGUGGUCACCUCACAGCAGAAGUAACUCGCUACUGACCACCAAUAUCCGCAAGAGCACAGCCCUCACUGACAUCAUUUUUUUGUGCGGGUGAUUUGUGAUUAAUAAGAAUUAGGUCUUGAAAGGCUGUGAGGAAAUUUUGAACAUUAAUUGCUCCUAUGUGUGGUAGACCGUAGAGAGAAAUAAAAAUAACUGUGCAUGUACAUGUCUUAUAUUGGCAACCUGAAUAAGCAGUGAUCUGUUUACGAUCCACCUAUAAACAGGAAAGAUAAACCUACAGAGAGACCAAUGGCUGCAGCAGAAGCUGGCACUGAUGAGGAGCCUGAAGUUCUAGAGGCUGUUGAGGUGGGAAGGAAAAGCUACGCAUGCUGUAUCAGUGCACAAUUUUAUUUCUUUCAUUCUUUUUUGCUGUUUUGAGCAAUUGACUUUAUUAACCCAGCACUGUAAUGGUUUUAACUUUAAGGGACUUGCAUGAAAUAGUUCUUGCAUGUUAAGAAGAGAAGAGUUUGGCAGUGUCAUUUAUCAUGACAUUUCUAGACUAGGAAUGAUGUCUACUUUUAUUUCAUUGUAAUUUUCAUUGUUGCACUUCUCUCACUGAAAACUGGUUAAAGUAAAUACCGUAAAUUUAAUUUUGAUUUAAAAGCUGUUUCUGAAACAAUCACUUUGUAUUUAGUAAGCUUCAAAAUUGCACUUGUUAAACUAAAUUUAUUUUGCAUAUAAAAUUACUAUCUCAUACUACAUUAAUUUUAGAAUAGUCAUUUAUAAAAUAAUUAUUUAAAUUUAACAAAUUAGACGUGUUAAUCAAGACCAUGCAAAAUUUCUUAAGUCCAAAACUAUUAAAUAAAUAUAAAUCUCCUAGGGUAUGUACAACUCUUCUCUUGCUAAAGCUUAGCAGACUCUUUAAGAUGGGCUUCUUUACCAAGACGUUUAAUCCAUUAAAAUAUUGAAACAUCAAAAUAAAGUAUAAAUUUUCCAAAGCAAAUUAAUAAUAUUUAGUUCUUUAAAAUCCGUUCAGUAUCCUUAAAACAUACAUUAUUUUACUGGAAGCCUUGCAAUGAUUUGUCUUUUUAUUAACCAGCACUAGUUGUUCAGUGUGGAAGGCCGAUUUGCAAAGCUUGAAUUGGUUCCCUUAACUCAACUGUUUCCUGUAUGUUGAACAUACACCUAAUGAUAAAAAAGAAAUGGUUGAAGAUCAGACUGCUGCAGGCAUAAUGAUAGAGAGGAGAAGUUGUUUCUUCAUGUUGCCAUGGUAGCAAAAUUUCUGUAUCUCAAUGAAAAAAAUUGACAUGUGUGCGGUUCCUGAGCAUGAUUGCACUCAGGAACAAAACAGAAGCCCAUAUUUUCCUUUUGUCGUUUGCAAAUGCAAAUAGCCAUGUCUCUUUCACAAAAGAUUGUUGAGAUUCAGUAAUCUUGCUACCAAGGUAACCUGACAUUGCACUUCUCCUCUCUAUUACUGAUUUCUGCACUUCUUGAUCUAAGUAAACUAAGAGCACAAUAAUUAUUGUUUGUUUGUUUGUCAGAUUUUGUUGGAGGAAAUUUGCUCAUACAACCCCAACUCAAAGAGAAACCAAUAGUCUGUAAAGCAGCAGGCUGAUUUUAGACCAUUUCAAGAGAUAUUUGGACACAUAUAAUGUGUGCUGUUUGCAAGCAAACACCACAAGGAAAAAAAAUGAUGAAUUUUGCAAGCUGCAUGCUAACCAACUAAAGGUGCUUAUACCAUCAGGGUUUCAUCUGUCCAAUCUGCAUGCAAGCUUGGACUAACCAAGAAGAGCUUUUACAGCACUGGCAGUCGGCUCAUGAUCAACUUACUCUUCAGGUCUGCUAC